AUGGUGUAUGCAUCGUAUGCCAACACGAUAAACCACCAAUUCGCCAGAGGCAAUCAUCAUAAUAUUCCACACCAAAAUCCAACUAAUAAUCACAUAUCAUAUGAUAGUCACAAACACGAUGUUAGUAGCCAAAGCUUUACACCAAUUUUGCCCCAAGUUGGUUUUCUAGGCGCGCAAUCGACGGUCAUCAGCAAUUCUACCGGCUGCACUGAGACGAGCCUAGCAACGAAUAUUCCAAUUGAGAACAGUCCUUCAACCUCAAAAAAUGGUCUAUCCGAUUCUCCUAUUUCCAACGCAUCUUCAAACCAUUCCAACACAUCGAAUUCGAAUAAUGGAAAUCUGUCGAGAGAAGAACGGCGAAGGCGCAGGCGGGCCACAGCCAAAUAUCGCACUGCCCACGCCACCCGAGAACGCGUGCGCGUAGAAGCUUUCAACGUCGCUUUCGCAGAACUUAGGAAACUCUUGCCCACUCUGCCACCAGAUAAGAAGCUUUCAAAAAUUGAAAUAUUGAAACUUGCUAUAUGCUAUAUUGCUUACUUAAAUCACGUUUUGGAAGCAUAA